GAUGAACAUUCAUUUUUUCAUGGCCUUUUCAAAUCUAUCAUAGCUAUUGCUUCGUCCACUGUACGCUUGCUAAGAGCGAGCUAAGAGCGUUGCAGUUGUUAAUGUUGCCGCAAAUGGAGGGUAAGCAAGUCGUAGAGGUGGCUCAAUAUUCUUCGCUGUCCGACAGGAGGAGGUGCCUGGCCUCCAUUUUAGGGUUUGACGAGAAGACGGGAUCAGGGAGCACAGAAAGCAUCGCACUUGAUCUUCUCCUUCACCUUUUUCAGUUCUGUACGCAAGCUGGCCUGGAACCUUCUCAAACCUCGGCAGUGCUGAAGAUUGUCAAGGCCACUCAUGAACGAUCUGUGCUCGAGCGCUUGACACCCGAGCGAAGUUUUGCGUACUUCAAGUCCCUGCUCCUGGGCUACAGCGUGCAGCGGCCACCGUUCAGUGCAGGCAUUCUUCCUCUGGAGCACGUGAAGCUGCUGACCGAGCACGUCAUCAGGACCUACUUUAAGCACUACAAGUUAUACCAAUAUGCCUUCACUCAACGAUGCACGCUGACAAUCGCUUGCACGAGCUUGCUCGAUGAUGGCCUGGAGGAAGCACCCUUGUUGCAGCCUCUGGCUGAGGCCAUGUCCCAGGUUGAAUGGGACCUCAAGCUAGAGGAGGCAAGGAAAGAAGCAGAAGAAAGAGAAAAUCAGCUGCGGGCUGAGAAGCAGGCGGCAGAUGAAAGGGCACGGCAAGAGGAGAUCGAGGCAGCGUACCGCGCGGCUAUCCCAGAUGAGGUGACCGAAAAGGUGCGCCUGGCUCUGGAGCAGCAGCUGCCCGAGCUGAGAGGGCAGCUAGAAAAGAAGAUGCAAGAGCGGGAGCAGGCGCUGCUCGCAAAGCUGGCGGCUUUGCAAGUACACUGAACAUGCGUGACACGAUCCACUGAGCAAGAUCAAGAGAAAAACUCUUUGAUUCACCAGUAUGGUAUCAGGUUGUCACAGAGGCCUGGUUAUAGCUUGGAGAUGUUCGAGCCCCCUAUUCGGGGCCCGACCUGGAAGAAUCAGAUAAUACAGUGCAAGAUUGAAUGCACGAUGAUGCCCAUGCAGACAUGUACAAUAACAUGGCCAGGCUGCUUCAGGCAGGUUAUAGCGGCACCUUCGUUUCCUGCUAGGAAGGGCAGCUUGCUACUUUAUGCAUUAAUCCUGUU